AUGGCAGACCUGACCUUCACACUGAACACAGGGCACAAGAUCCCAGCCAUCGGCUACGGCACAUGGCAAGCCGCACCUGGCGAGGUCGCAGAGGGCGUGUACCAUGCCCUGAAGUCGGGGUACCGCCUGAUUGACGCUGCCUACUGCUAUGGCAACGAGACAGAGGUGGGACAGGGUCUCGCGCGCGCCUUCAAGGAGGGCAUCGUGAAGCGGGAGGAUAUCUUUGUCGUGACCAAGGUUUGGACAACCUACAACACCCGUGUAGCCCUUGGUCUCCAGAAGUCUCUCGACGCCCUCGGCCUCGACUACGUCGACCUGUACCUCCUCCACUGGCCGCUCCUGAUGAACCCCGAGGGCAACGACGACAAAUUCCCCAAGCUGCCCAACGGCGAGCGCGACAUCAUCCGCGAGGGGUAUCACCACACAGACACGUGGAAGCAGCUGACGGCACUGGACAAGACCAAGGCGCGCGCGGUGGGCGUCUGCAACUACAGCAAGAGGUACCUCGAGGAGCUGCUUGCUGCCGGGGGCACCGUGCCAGCCGUCAACCAGAUCGAGAACCACCCGGCGCUGCCGCAGAACGAUAUUGUGGGAUUCUGCAAGGAGAAGGGCAUUCAUAUCAUGGCCUAUAGCCCGCUGGGAUCGACGGGCGGGCCGCUGUUCAAGGAGGAGAAGGUGAUCAAGGUUGCCCAGAAGCACGGAGUUGACCCUGCGGCAGUGCUGUUGAGCUGGCAUAUCCCCCGUGGAACUACCGUCCUGGCGAAAUCCGUGACACCGGCGCGCAUCGAGGCGAACCUGAAGCUCGUCAAGCUGGAUGAUGAGGACAUCAAGCUGCUGAACGGGUACGGCGAGGAGUUGGAGAAGACGGGCAAGGUGCAGCGGUUUGUGUACCCACCUUUUGGUGUCGACUUUGGCUUCCCAGACAAGUCAUAA